CCCAGAUGAUUUGCUUAUACCAGGAAACGCAGAAGUGAAGGUGCUGGGAGGCAAUCACACUCGAGCAGCAAUCGAGUCCCUGUUCUCCAGUGGGAUGAUGGGAGGAACUGUUCUGGUGACAUUAUUUGAAAACCUUACUGAUGAGGACGCCUUGCUGAUUGGAGUUAGCCACAAUCAACAAGAUGAAGAAGCCAAAUUCAUGUCAUUCAUAGACAAGGUGUUGAUAAUAAAAACCAUCAAGACGAUAUCAAAACAAUGGUCAUCAUCUGCAAUGAAAAUCUUUGGGUUCAAGUCACUUGCCGAGACUAGGAACAAGCUCAGGACAAUGGCUGCUGUGGCAGAUCUGGACCAGGAACUGUUAAAGAAGAUUGUGGAACUCUCUCGUGCAUAUAAAGGGGCGACACCAAUCAAACAGACUGCGUUCACAGCAUUUGUUACCAAGUCUGUUGAAAAACAGAGCAAACUUCUUACCUCCUGGGAACGUGAAGGGUUUUAACAAUUCAAAAAA